AUGAGGAAGUUGCGGGGCGGCACUACCAAAGAAACAAAGAAGGACAAGCUGGAAAAACGAAGGGAUAAAGAGACCAUCAACGAGCAGGUAUUUAAAGUGGUUUUGCCAACUCUCGGAGUCAUUACUCUCGGUCUCGUUAUUGUUGUCUACCUGCUGUGCAAAGCUCCAGCUGUUAAAGAAUCCUAG